ACCAAGAUUUCCCGCCACGUGUUAAAAUUUAACACUACCUAUGUGUGUUGUUCCUUGCUCAGCUCGGACACAACGCCUCUUCUGAACGGAUCCAGCCAAGACCGCAUGUUUGAAGCGAUGGCUGUGGAAAUUGAGCAACUCUUGGGAAAGCUGACAGCGGUCAACGACAAAAUGGCGGAGUACACCAACAGCGCUGGCGUCCCCUCCCUCAAUGCGGCUCUGAUGCACACCUUGCAGCGGCACAGAGACAUCCUACAGGUAAGGCAGUCUCCCUGA